CUACAGCUCUGUGUCUCAUAUACUGAAAGUAAUUCAUGUGUGUUAAUCUCAUCCAGAGACUUGAAGCCAGAAAACAUCCUCCUUGACCAUGAGGGGCAUAUCAUUUUGACAGACUUUGGAUUGUGCAAGGAAGGCAUUUCCCUGACAGAUACCACCACUACAUUCUGUGGUACACCUGAGUACUUGGCUCCAGAGGUCCUGAGGAAGCAGCCAUAUGAUAAUACAGUAGACUGGUGGUGUCUGGGUUCAGUGCUGUAUGAAAUGCUCUUCGGCCUGCCGCCAUUCUACAGCAGAGACACACAUGAAAUGUAUGACAACAUCCUCCACAAACCGUUGGUGAUGCGUCCUGGUGCGUCCAGCACAGCCUGGUCAAUCCUCCAGGGACUGCUGGAAAAAGACGGCACACACAGGCUGGGGUCGAGGGAUGACUUUAAUGAGAUCAAAGCACACAGCUUCUUCUCCUCCAUCAACUGGGAUGACCUCGAUCAGAAGAAGAUCCCUCCCCCAUUUACACCCAAUGUGAGCUCCUGCUGUGACAUCUCAAACUUCGAUCCAGAGUUCACAGAUGAGAUGGUCCCCAACUCCAUCUGCUGGUCUCAAGACCAUUCCAUAGUCAAUGCCAGUGUAAUGGAGGCAGACGAUGCGUUUGUGGGCUUCUCUUAUGCCCCAGCUUCUGAUGACUCUUUCCUAUGAAACAUUCCCCAUGAGGUCUUGGAUUGCCUUAACCAUCAUAACUUCUUUUGACUAAAGGGAAGAAAUUGUACCGUGGAUUAUAACUUGUUCUAUGAAACCAAAGCGAGAGGAUGAGACUAAACAGCACUUAAAACAUUUUGGUUGGAACAAAGCGUGCCAGAAAAGUCUUUAUUUUUUACCAAUUUGUAUUUAUAUAAAUAUGU